AUGGGCUCUUCUCCUCUACACUUGCAGACAUUUUACGCGACCGCUGGUGAUCCAGGGACAUCAAGCUUACACAAACCGGUCAAGUUUGACGUGCAGAAUGAAAUUCAGGUCCCUGUUUGGAAUCUUCAUGAUUUCUUUACCCUUCUGCCUUGGUCCGUGUCAGUUCCAAAGUCAGAGUCUCUAGGUGUUCAAGGUGGCCGCGUCCAAUAUAUCGACAUGUUGAAGAUUGACGCACAGGGCCAUGACUUAGAGAUUAUCAAAGGGGCUCGGCAUUGGCUAUCGAAACGAGUUGUCUGGAUUCAACCGGAGCUAGUGGUUACCGGCUACGCUGAUCAGCAUGGCGAGCAUGAACUUCGCGACUUUAUCACCUCGUUGGGCUUUGAAUACCUCCCAAGAGGUUUGAAUCAUGAUUGCGCCGACGAUUUAUUCUUGAACAUGCGAUUUCGCCACAUGCGGCAUGUUGCUCAAGUGCUCUGCCAGGGGUUGUAG